AUGGAGAUCCGUGUUGUAGAGUGGUUGCCGGGCUGCAGGAACAUGAUGCACGCCACGCCUGAUUGCAUCAGCAUAUACAUGUGUGGUAUCUUUGCCGAUAGCAUGUCAGAUCAAAAGUGGCAUCGAUAUCCCCGAGCUCGGGUCAGGCCCGACGGCACUAGGAGGCGCACCCGCAAUGAACUGGCUGCCCGCAGUGCUCGCCGCAAUGCCCCUGGCAAUCAAAGGGAAAGAGCCGACACUGCGGCCCCCCGUGCUCAGGAGAUGAAUCAGCAGCCCUGGCGACAAGCGGCCGAUCGCGAGAGCCGACAGCCACACUGGCAGAAUGCGCGGGGAGCCGACGCUCGGCCCCGGGAUCAACAUCAGGACUGGUACUACGACGAGGAGGACGAAGAUGAUGAGGACUACCAGUUUGACACCAGUGACCGGCACGAAGUGCAUGCGACGGAAGACGAAGAGGGCUACCUCAAGAUCUGGUGGCAGGGAGAAUGGUGGUUCCGGCAGAAACCGCCAGACCCACCGGCAUCGCCAAAGAAGAGACAGCAGGCUAGCAGCUCGAGCGAGCAAAGGAGGCCUACCACUGAGGGAGCCGUUCCCCCGGCCCCUGCCCAGCAUGUCUCCGAGGGCCUCAAGCAAUUCGUCCCCCCUGCCCGAGACAGUGUGCCUCCACAAUCCUUGAGAGCCGUGCGUGAGAAGUGGAACCUGCUGGCCAUCAUCGAAGAUGACAUCAAUGUCCUGCGCAAAAAGAAGGUCGCCCUCAUGUUCAAAACUUUCUUCGAAAUGGGGCACUUCGUCAAGCAUCAUGACGACUUCCACCACUCGGAGUCCCUGAAGAUCAUCCCGGCCGCAGGCAACUGGAACCUUGCGUUUGCCAUGUGCCUGAUUUCCAGAGACAAGCUCCACUACGCGAACCACUCCACCUUCGGCACAGCUGUGGAAUGCUGGUUAUGGAGCCUGUCCAAAGAUGCGGACUUCGAGCCCAUCCUCACCCAGUUCGCCGGCAUGCUGCACAGCGUCAUCGCACUGUUUGAGGGAGUCCCCAUGUCGCUGCAUGAACAAAUCCAUUGGUUCGAUAGUCAUCAAGACCUGGCAAUCAAAUUCAACUACUACUUCCCCACCGAGCAACUGAAGGAUGAUGAGCAAAUUGUCCGUGUGGCAAUUCAGGACCAAACCAGCCAGGACAGCAGAGAUGAUGACAUGCCGGACAGGACCUCCAAGCACAUGGGAAACACGGCUCCUGCAACCAGGACUGCCGAGCUGGCUUCGUCUGAUGCCUAUGUGGAGAUGGAGGUUGACUACCCAACGGGGCAAACGCCACCAAAUCAAUCUGGCAGCAUCCCCCACUCCCCGCGCAGGGUCGAGAGAUAUAACAUCUACACGGAGACGACCUACGCCAGCAGUGAUGGCACCUCUCUGCCCACGCCAGCACGUGAUUCGGCCCCCCUUGGGGAGCCGACGAAGCUCUACUGGAAACUGGAUCAGUCUCUCUCCAAAAGACUGUCAGUUGUUCUGAGGCACGACUCUGAAGACUUCGGCUUGACGUUCGACGAGGCAGGGUGGACCAAGGUGUCAGACCUUUUACGUACCUCCAUCAUGAAGGAGAAGGGGGCAACCCUCAACUACAUCCGCUCGGUGGUCUACUGGAACGACAAGCAACGCUUCGCGCUCGAAUGGCGUGGUGCCGAUCUCUACAUCAGGGCGGUUCAAGGUCACUCCAAGAAAGGACUACGUGAUGAAGCGGUCAUGCGGCCCCUUGGGGAUGCCGAGUUGCCGGAGCACGUCCUCCAUGCAACCAACUGGGACUUCUACGGCUCGAUCUUGGCGAAGGGCAUCAUCACGGGAGGCCUCUCCCAGUCCCGGACACACAUUCAUUGCGUGUCAGUAGACAAAAGUGAAUAUCGGAAUUACCCCGCGCAUUGUGACAUCGCAAUCAUACUCUCCCCGAAAGAAUCGGGGGCCGUCUGGUUCCGUUCAAUGAACGGCUACUAUUUAACCCGGGGUGCCGAUGGCAAGCUGGCCCCGCAUUGUAUAAAGGCCGUCAGGAUCCUGGCAUCGGGAGAAGAAGUUUUUGGCUCAGAGGGGCCACCGGCUGCUGACCUCGUCAUGCAGGCCAUCGUUCGGUCUCACUCUUUCCGGUCCUCCAGGGGAAGCCGAUCUUCGGCCCCCAAUGACCGUGACCACGACCGCACUGCAGCUCAGAGAGCAUACACGGGGGUUGUUUUGCAUCAUCACAUCCGUUGCACCGUCUCCUCUACCCAAUGCAUACACACCAACCCCUCGCCUCUGCUGCAGGACUAUGAUCGACGAGAUGUCCCAGGUCCCGAGAGUCAGUACGCUAGGUUAAGAUGGGGACACAUCCUUCUGCUGGGAGUGUUUUUGGUCGGUGGGAAGGGUUAUGCAGGCAGGCAAUACGUAAUCACCACAACAGCAUCGGGUGGAUCGCCAAGAGAUCGCUGCGACGAGCUCGCGCACGAGCCUAUGCCACAGGCGGCCUGGCAAGAACUCAUGUCAUGGUUAAGUGAGAAACCAGAUGACUUUGACAUUGUGUUCGUGCAGGAAACACACUGGAAACAGGAGGGGUGCCGCACCUUCUCGUCCGGCCCCUGGUUCGUCGUCUCCUCAGGGGCUACAGGCAAAGACAAAUGCUCAGGAGUUGCCACUCUGAUCCAUCAGAAUAUCUGCAAGCAAGAUAAUGUUAGCUACAGGGUUAUUAGGCAAGGCAGAGUACUCUCGGUUCGACUACAUCACCAACAGAACGGCUCCGAUCUUCUGAAUGUCUACCAGCAUGUGUGGAGGACAAACAUUGACAAAGCCGAGAACCUGAAAGCUCGGGCCUCAAUCUGGGAUGCGAUACGGUCUAGCAUCAUGAAGAGUCCACAAAGGAACGACUUGAUUAUUGCGGGAGACUUCAACUGCUCCAUCAAAACCUCGAGGGGAUUGAUAGGUAGUGCCGUGGUUGCCAAAGUAGAGGGAUCGCCUGACGAAGAUGACUUUCUCGGAAUACUCCAGGCAGAUGACCGGGCUAAGAAGUUAAAGCACCUCAUCGACGCGGAUAUUCAGAAGCUGGACCCUGACUUGCAUCUUCACAGCUUCACGCGGCAGGUGGAUGAGAUCAUGAAAGAACACAUGCAAACCGUCUACCCUCCAGAACCUGCAGUUGACAACCGCGUUUCGCAAAAUCCGCAGUUUAAGCACACCGCGAAAGAGAUGUGGGCUAAGUACAAGGAAUGGAAAUCCACCAAAGCGAACAGCUUAAUCGAAACUCUCCGGAAAUGGAAAAAGUACACUGAGUUUCGCGUGGCCUCUAAAGCGAUGAAACAAACUGCCAAGAAAAUUAAACGUGAAAAGCUGCAGGCUGUCGCCGAGGACCUACAAGUAGCUGCCGCUAAGGGCGAUCAAAGGAAAAUUACCUUUUCGCAAAGGGGUGCCGAAGAUGUCGGCCCCGGCAGCAGUUUGGAGAUUGUUAAAUGCGCAGGAGGCAUAUGCUUCUCCCUUGACCUUGAGGGGGCGUUCGACAAUGUACCUCGCACUGCCCUUGCCACUAGCCUGAGACGACUAGGGGUCUCCGAAACGCUGGUGCAACUACUUACGCAGUUCCAUUUUGAGGCAAGGUAUCACUGCUCAGUUGGCGUUCAUGAGGACCACGUCACGACCACACGAGGCAUCAAACAAGGCUGUACGGUCGCGCCGUAUUUGUUUGUGGCACACACAAUUGCUAUCAUUGACACACUAGCGGAGCGCCUAGGCUGGGACUGGGUAACGCAGCUGUUCACUUUUUACGCCGACGACGCCUUAGCCGCAUGGACGUUAAAAAGCGCCGAAGACCUUCAGGGUGCCAUUUGCGGCAUCCAAAAAGUCGUGCAAACCUUUAACGACCACGGUAUGACUCUCAGCGCAACCAAAUCGGUCGUGCUGUGUCACGCCAAGGGAGCAGAUGCCAUUAGGAUUUUGCAGAAACUUAAAGUCUUCAAGGACAAACUCCCACACCUUGCCUUCAUGCAACACGGCGAGCAGAUUCUGAUCCCUCUCAGGAAAACACAUCAGUACCUAGGUACCAAAUCUGGAGAGCCGGGGUGUGGAGCUCAGCAGCGCACGGGCUACUGGCGGUGGGCGUUAGACCCACAGGACCCCCUGCAGGCGCUCGCUAACCAGGUCCGGGCGCAGCUCGCGCUGGCUAUCAACUCACUCCAUUCGAUGAAUACAGGAUACUGCCCUGUUCUUUAUCCGGGAUGCAGUACUCAGGGAGCCGCGGUCGGCCCCGAAGCAGAUACUAGCACCAAUCCAAAAGCUCCAGAGGAGGCCACUGCAAAUGAGCCGCCUCCCAUAGCCCAAAAGCCGGUUCUUGAUGUUGCUCGGCAACAAGGCUGGAAAAGUCUGCUAGAUGCCGAUGUUGUGUCGUCCCUCAAGCAACACUGCUGUGUUUGCAAGCGAUGGAUCGCCGAUCCCACGGCUCUGAAGCGACACAUAGUUAGGGCCCACAAGGACGUGUGGGCAGUCACCGCCAACGGCAAACUUGAGGACUACACUGUGAACAUGACGACGGAAGUGGUGAGCGUCUUCGGCAACCUACUACCAGGGCUAGCGACGAACAUGAGAGAGACCUCGAAGCAGCCGAGAGAAAUGGACCGGGAGACCGAGAACGCACCGAACAAGCGACCCAAAGCGGCCCGGCGAGGACAGCGGGGAGGCCGGCGACAAAUUGCAGACGAGAACCUGAACUCGGUGGUGACGCUCCUGGCAAAUCUGUCGCUGCAGCAGGAGGACGCCCUGAACCGUCUACGCCUGGACACAUCCUUCACUUUCCACCUCCAGCAACAAGGCCCAGGAACCAUAUUGCUGCCGCUUUUCAAGGCGGGGCAGGAAUGGCAACAAAAACAGAAGAAAGGAGAGAACGUCCCCCCGAUGAGAAUCGUUGCGCUGGGCCUCCUGCUGAAAGAGGUCGUGGCAAGAGUCCAACUGAUGGUGGGAGAUCCCACGGCCGUGGAGAAUGCGAUGAAGCAUCAGUGGCUAGACCAGCAGAAGCGCUUCGUGUAUCAGGAGUGGAACUCGGCCACCAAACAGGUGGAGCCGUCGGCGACAGCCAAGAGCCUGAAGGUGGAAGAGGCGACGGAGCUCAUCAACCAGGUCGCCGAGCUGUGUCUUCCGGAUCUGGUCACCAGGUUCUGCGCCCAAAGGCGUCCCAAGCAAGAGCCCCAGGAAGGCGACAAAGCAGUGUUCCUCAUCGAAGUAGCCAUGCGAGAUCCGAGAGCAAACAUCCUGCAUCAGAAACUGCGACAGUUGGCCAACUGCGCGGUGUGGAAUGUGGUGGGAGCGCAACUGCAGCCGCCAAACCAGCAACGCCACGGACUGGCAAUGGCACUGCAAAAGGCCCUGGAAAACAUCUGA